AUGCCUGGAUUUGCACUUCCUGGUAUGUCAGGGGCUCCGCCGAUGAACAUGGACAUGGCGCAGCUACAAAAGCAACUUCAAGGAUUCCCCAUGCCGCAAAAUCUCAAUCUCCAAGCCUUGGCUAACACCCCGGGCUUCCCUGGAUUUGGUGGACUGCCUGGUUUGGGUGGGAUGCCCGAUGCCAAUCAGAGACGGUGA